UUUUUAUUAGUGCUGUGACGUUCAACUCCAAGGCGAAGUUUCAUAAUAAACCAUGAAAAUGCUCUUAUAUUGACUUACAAAAUGGCAGAAAACGAAGAAAAUGAGUUUGGACCUCUCGAAUCGGCCACAGACACAGGUGAAAUUUCCAUGCUGAAACAACAACUGUGGCAAUUACAAGAGAAUGAACAAAAAUUUCUGAAAGAAAAAGAACUGGCCGAAAGUGAAUUUGGUAUCAAACGAGCCAAGUUCAAAGAAUUAUUUUUACAAAAGGAAGAGGAGCUGAAGCAUGAGAGAGAGAAGCGUCUGGAAUGGGAGGAGAGGGUGAAGAGUUUGGACGAGCAGCUGGGGAGGGUGUCGUCGGAACUUGAGGGGGUGAAGACCGCCGCCGCCGUGUCUGAACACAGCCGUCACGAUGAGAUCGAGCAGGUGGAGCGCUUCUACAAACAGGAGGUGGACAGCAUGCAGCACGUCAUGAAAGAAGUGGCAGACGAAGCGUCGCGGACGACAGCCAUCCAGUAUGAAACCGAGAGAGCUCACCUGAACAAGCUGAAUGAGAAAUAUGAAGAAGAGAUUCAAGAGCUAAGAAACAAACUCAGUCAGGAAAGAGAAGGAAUCCUGGCAUCUGUUGCUAAGUCACUGAAAAAGGUUGGUGGACACAUCACACCCAUGACAAGCUCAGAAUUGGAACAAGAGCAUGAAAACCUGGAAGACAGUAUGAGAAAGGCUCAAGAGGAUGCCCAGGUGCUCAAGUCGGUGGUUCUACCAUUGGAAGAGGAGAUCUCCACACUCAAGGCCAAGCUGGCCGAAGCAGAAGACAAAAUUAAAGAUAUGGAGACUCAAUCUGGUGUUAAUGGUCCUUUGUUUCCUGAAGAUAAGAAAUCACCGUCAUUACCUGAUCUUGACAGUAUCAAGGAUCCUGAUGAAAAGCUUUUGCAGUUGUUUAAAUACUUGAAGGCUGAGAAAGCUGCCCGUAAAGAUCUUGAGAUGUAUGUAGCUGUGUUAACGAUGCAGAAAAAUGUGCUGCAAGAGGAUAAUGACAGAGGAAGAAAGGAACUGCAUGAAGUUUGUCGUUUGCUGGAGGAGGAGAAACAGAGCCACGAUGCCCUGCGACAGACCUGGCAGAUGGCCAACGACCAGUUCCUGGAGUCUCAGCGCCUCAUGAUGAUGGACAUGAGACGGAUUGAGUCUGUGCUCAGCGCCGAGCAGCAGCGGCAGGUGGCAGAACAACAGAUCAAAGACCAUGAACGUGAGGCCCAGGAGAAGAAGGUCAAGGAGCUGGAGGAAGCGCGGGAGAAGCAGGAGAAACAGCAGGAGGAGCGCAGGAAACAUAGCCUUUCUAGGAUGGAACAAGCAGCUGCAGGUGAACCUAGUGAACAGUUACAGCAGAAACCGAGUGCGAGAAUGGACUCCAUAGAGCGAUCUCACAGCCCGUCAACGCUGUCAAUCAACUCGGAGGACAUCCGGUUUGACGACGAGAUCAAGAAGUCUCUGUCGAGUUCGGACAUCCACCUGGACGACAAGCUGCUGGACGGGGCGGGGGAGCACGAGGGUCGGCUGUUGAGUGAGGUGGAUGGGAUCACAGUGCGGAUCAGUCCUGACAAGAUCAUCAACCUCCCGUCGCUCACCGAGGCGCAGAUGAAAUCCAUCACAGAUCCCACCCCUGAGGUGGAGGCGAGACGUUCCCUCAUGGCAUGUGCCAAGACUAAAACCGACAGCUGGUGUCUGGAAGGCAAGAGACUCGUCAGUGACAAGGAAUGGAGGCUGCUACAAGAAGAGAUGAAGACGGCACGCGAGAAGCUCGGUCGGCCCUGUGAUAUGUGUACAAACUACGAGACCCAGCUCCAGACUGUGCAGGAGGAACUGAAGGCCGAGAAGUCGGAGAAGGCUAAGGUCGAGAGACACCUGAUGACCGAGCGACACGUGACCUCGAAUCUCACCAAGUACGUCGGCGAACUGGAGAACGCUCUGAAAGACGCCUCAGAAGAUGCUCUCAAACAGAUUUCCAGUCUGUCUACGAAGCUGGCUGACUGCGAGGUGUACAUAAAGGAGUGCAAGCAGGAGUUUGUCCAGUCACAGCUACAGCUCCAGGACCAGCUGAAAACAUUAACAGAUUCACGGGAACAAAUUCAAAAAGAGUUGAAGAGACUAGAGGAAGAGAAUGACAGUCUUGUGGGCAAACAUUCACAGACGGCUCAACAGAUGCAGAACGAAGAUAUCAACCUGCCUACCAACAUGGAGGAGAUGCAGCUGUUGUUGCUGAAGUACCGCGAGGAGAUCAUCUCGGCGAAGGUUGCGAAGGAGCACACGGAGGAGUCUCUCCGCAGCGAGAUCCUCUUCCUCAAGGACCAGGUGGUGAGCGAGCAGCAGGAGAAGACCACCAUCGAGGAAACGCUCACCAACGAGCUGCACACGCUGCAGGAGAAAGUCGCCUGUAAUGAAAGUAUAAAAUCUGAGCUGGAACGUGAGUCGGCGGUGCGGGCUGAAAGCGAGAGCAAACUGCGGGAGGCUGAGAACUCGCUGAAAAAUGUCCAGGCAAAGUCACGUCAACUUAUACAGUGUCUUCAGCAGCGGGUUGAGGAGCACGGCAACACCAAGGCGAAGUUGGAAAGUGAAAUACAGGCGCUAAAGACUCGGAUCUAUUCACUGCAGACUGACCUGGACAAUAGUGAAGCUGUGCAGAGGGACUUUGUCAAACUCUCUCAGUCGUUACAGAUUCAGUUGGAGAAAAUCCGUCAGGCGGAGAAUGAAGUUCGGUGGCAGCACGAAGACGAUGUUGACGACUGUAACAACUGUAAACAGGCUUUCAGUGUCACACGCCGCAAGCAUCACUGUAAGCACUGUGGGAAGAUCUUCUGUACGGACUGUGUUACCAAGUCUGUGUUCCAGGGACCCAACAAUCGGGCGGCUAAAGUCUGCGACGUGUGUCACACCAUCCUCGUGAAGGAUGCUACUCCGUACUUCAGUACAGAACCCCCUUCAACUCCAGAUUAACUAGGAACAGUAAACUGAUUUGUGUUUUACUAGCUGUGCACUUUGUGUUAGCUUUAUUCAAGUGCUUAUGGUUUGAAAACUGAUGGUGAGCAAAUAACUGCUCUUCUGAAAUUAUGCAGCAGAGCAAUUGCUCUCAGUGUCAAAUUCAAAGUCAUUUUGAGUAAAAUAAAUUAGUGAUAUCAGUGCGUGAUUAGGCGAGCAGUUUUUUGCACAUGCAGAAAUCAUUUUGCGCAAACACGUGAACAAGAGCAAUUGCUCGCAUCAAACCAUAAGUACUGUCAUUCACUGAUACAGGUAUUAGGAACACAAUGCUAGGCAACAUGCAUCCUUCUGGGUCUGCUCCUACUCUGCCUCUCCUUCUUGGCCUGUCUCCAGCCAUACAUAAGCUGUGUCCACCUUGGGUAGCAUAAUGAAAUGCUUGUGUGUUUUCCUAUUUCGAAAUGAAAACUACCGAGAACAGUUCAUCUUGUUCCUACAUAGGCACUGGCCAACCACCCAGCUGUGGUGUGUUUAGGAGGCUGGCAAACAGUUUGACUGGUACCAUUGUCUUCUGUCACAUCACAUUCAUGUAAUGUUAGGCACACAGUACCAGUCUAGCGAACGACCACAAUGGCUCUCAGUCCUGAACAUGCUUCUGCUCGUUAUUUCAUAUGCAUAUGGAUGGAGUUCGAUGGACAAUAAUGUAAUGAAAGCUUCACAAAUAGAAACUAGGUUUGUCAUGAAAACAUCUGUUCUUUCUUACAUUAAGCUGGCUUGAAUCUUUUCGAGAAUUAUAUUUCACAAAAGCCUCCAACACUUGGCCGACACUGCAGGCAUGUGAUGCAGAGGGAGUGGGGUGUGGAGGCAUUCACGGGUUGACCCCUUUCCUUUUUAAAAACUUUUUUUUUCAGGGUCGUAUAAAAACUUUGCUGGGCACCAUUUCCUACAUACAUGCCUGCACUACUACCUGAUUUUACCAGCUCAGUGGAAAAUUAUUACUUUUAAUUGUAGGGUCAUUUAUUAAAAAAAAUUAAAAUAUUCAAGCAAAUUUACUGUGAGAGAGAAUUCAGGUGUUAAUCCUAUGUAAAACUGGCAGAGGUUGUUGAGGAUGAAGUUAUGGAGAUGUUUCCAUUUUCCAGGGACCCAUGGAGUAGAAAACUGUAUUAUACUCACUGUGUUAUUGUGAUAAAGCUCUAGGUGUGAUUGUGUACAUGUGUACAUACUGUGUGACUGAAACGUUGCUGCACGUCUUUGAUGUGUGGUAUCUACACAUUGUUACUGUAUUUUAACAUGCACGUAUACUCACAAAGUACUUCAUAGCAUUCACAGGUGUGCGCUUUUUAUUAAUUUAUUUAUCCCUUGAACAUUACAUUCUCAAAGAUCAUGUUUAUAAAUAAAAUAUGUGAAUUUUAAAGUACAGUCUUAGGUUAAAAUCUAUCAUGGUGUUGGUGGCAGCCUGGGUUUGAUGGUUAGGUUAAAAUCUAUCAUGGUGUUGGUGGCAGCCUGGGUUUGAUGGUUAUGUUAAAAUCUAUCAUGGUGUUGGUGGCAGCCUGGGUUUGAUGGUUAUGUUAAAAUCUAUCAUGGUGUUGGUGGCAGCCUGGGUUUGAUGGUUAUGAUUUGAGAUAAACAACCUGUAUUUUUUUGUUUUGUAGUUGUACAAAUAGUACAAGUCUUGACAUUGGCACUGCAGUCUUAGGUUAAAAAGCCUGCAUGUUGGUUCUGACAUCUCAGGUUGUCGGGUAACUAUGUGAGUGGUUUAUAUAAGUGGAAUCAGUAGUUGUUGGGUUGCAGUGUCUAGGUGUUCAAAGUUAGAUUGUGAGGCCAAAAUGCUAGUCUAAAAACCAUGAGGCUAAAACUCUUUUAAGUUGGUGAAAAACAUUAUUUCCAUCAUUAACCACUGCAGCUGCUCACGGCAAUCGGCAAUGCCAUGGAGAUUGCUACACAGGUUUUAAUUCUCCGCAGCAUUUUUUGUUUAGCUGUGGACUAUUUUCAGUUUUGUUUUCAAUGGCAUGUUUUUUGCCAUGAACAUUGUCUUAAUAAGCUGUGGAUGAUAAGAGAAUCUCAAGGUUCUUCAGUCUUAAGUGUCUUUGUUUUAUCUUCAGGGAUUUACUUUGGAGUCAUAUGAUUAAAAUGAAAGUAUUUGAUCUGCUUUAAAAUCAGUAAUGUCCAUAAUUUAAAAAAAAGAAAAAGGAUGGGUAUUUUUUUAAUGAAAAAUAAAAUUGCAACGUAUUAUUAUUAUAUUAAUUUGUGAUCUUAAGAAAUAUGCAUUAAAUAAUGGUCGAUUAAACACAAGUAAGAUCUAAUUCUUACUGUGGAACAUAGACUGGUGACAUCUUGAGUGGUCUUCAUUUGUAUGUACAUGUACAAAAUUACUGUGUUGUAAAGUAGGGCAACUUGUUUUGUUGACAUUGUUGUAAAUACUGUACAUUUUUGUAAAUACUGUUUGCAUGUAAUAACAGCUUUUAAAGUAUUAAGUAGAAUCUGUGGAAGUGAAUGGGGUUUUUUAAUGCAUUUAUUCUGUACAUUGUAAUACGUUACUGUUUUUAAAUAGCCGAGUGGAAACAUUUGGGAUAUGUGCAAUUAUUGAUGACUUGAAUUUAUAUUUUAGUUUACCUGCACUUCAUUGUAGAAAGCUAUUGUCAUAUCCCUGGCGUUAGAUUACACAAUGCAAGUAGGAAAUAAAAAUUUGUAGUGUAAAUUAAAAACACAAUGUGAUUUUGUAAUUUGUUUUAAAAUGAAAAUAGUUUCAAGGAAUAGCUUGUACCUAGUGCUUUUUUUCUUGCAGUUCUUCUACCACAUAUAGUUUUACAUGCACAUAUAGCUGGGGUAUGUGUCUUAAAAUGCAAUUAUAUACUAAUUUAGCUAGUGUAUUUUGGAAGUACAUUUCCAGGAUGUUCAUUAUAUUUUGAAGGUUGGAAAUUCUUUGAUGUAAGCUAAAUCUACUAUCUACUACAGUGAUUUGUGUAAGAGGGAGGACUGAAACCUUUUCUCUUGUUCUAACCAGAAUGAGAAGAAAUUAUGUCACUAAAACUUUUCAUAUAUAACAUUUAACACUUUAGAAAGUUAACAAGUACAAGUAUAUCUGAAGUAAAUACACAAAGCUAGUUCAUUAAUUUUUUAAUCAAAGCCAUGGAAGCACUUGCCUUCUCCAACUCCAACUUUUGUCUUCUUCAGCUCCAACUUUUGUCUUCUCUAAAUCCAACUUUUGUCUUCUCCAACUCCACACCUUUCAUAGGAUUUCAUUGACAUUUGACUUUGAUGUUUUUAUGCAGCUGUUUCAGCAGGUUGUCAUAGUAUUUCCAGUGUCAGUAAAUCUUUAGGAUUUGGGCUGUGAAAUCUUCAAUGAUGUCACACACAUUCAGUUUGUACGGCAUUGCCAAGAAGUCUUAACAUUUUUUAAGCCAAGGCUUUGAAUCUUUGGAAGGGCGCACCUUCACUAAUGAGUACACCAGUAGUCUUCCCUCAAACCAGCCAGUGCACCACGACUGGUACAUCAAAGGCCGUGGUAUGUGCUAUCCUGUCUAUGGGAUGGUGCAUAUAAAAGAGUAGCCCAUGAAGUGGUGACAGCGGGUUUCCUCCCUCAAUAUCUGUGUGGUCCUUAACCAUAUGUCCGACACCAUAUAACCCUAAAUAAAAUGUGUUGAGUACAUUGUUAAAUGAACUAUUUCCUUCCUUCUUCCCUCAAAAUACCAAAAGAGUUGCAUCACCUUGCUUGCUAAUGGAACAAUUUUGAGUUUUGUUCGGUUUGGACAGGACAAGUGCUUGAAAAAUCAAUGAAUCAAAUAGUGUAUUUAGUUCAGAUACUCUGGAUAAUUGUGUCAAGUGUUUAUAACUUACUAUAUGCAAAGAUUUAUUAGCAUAAAUUUUUUUUUCUAGAAUUGUUCAAUCGCCCCUCUUUAUUGUAAUCACUCACUGUUUGUUGCUUGCUAAUGAACAUUAUGUAUUUAUAGCUAUUCACAAGUAUUGGUCUGACUAAUGCUAAUUAUCUGCACAGAUUUGGUCAUACUUUGCUAAUACUUAAAAAGCUAGUCAUUGUGAUGGUGUGUGUUUUUUCACUUGGAGACAAUUGCCAUUAUUAUUUUGCAUAAAUUUAUUUACAAAAUGCACAACUGACCAAUUUAACAAGACAUAAUUGACUAAUAAAUAAACAAGCAUUGAUAGACCCUCUUAACCAGAAUUGAGGCUGGUUUGUGCAAAUUGAUAAUACACUUGCAGUUGGUUUUCUGGGGGUUUUGUAGUUGAAGGUCACUGGAAACAUUUAAAAAUUAAGGUGGGAAAGACAUUUUUCAAUGAUAGUUGAAAUGACAUUAUCAUUUUGCAUAAAUUAGUUUUAAAAAUGCACAACUGACUAAUUUAACGAGACCUAAUUCACUGUAAUUUUGCAAGAGGUACAUGUAUGUUUAUUUUAAUAAAUUAACUUAAGCAUUGAUAGACCAGUUCUCAACAUUAAACCCAGUUAGAGUGAAUUGAAAGGACUUUUUUAACCACCUGUAGUGAUGUAACAACCACAACACUGAUUUAAAAGUUCUGCUGAAAUGGGCUAUUUGAAGAAUCUCUUUGUUUAUUUACAACCACCUGCUUUACCAGUGUUAAUGCUAUAAUAAUGGAUAAUACACUUGCAGUUGGUUUUUUGGGAUUAUUGGAGUUUGAAGGUCACUAGACAUUUUAAAAUGUUAUGGAGAUACACACUUUAAGUUAGUUGGAAAUGUGGGAAAGACAGCAGUGAUAAUCGGACCCAAUGGUCUAUUUCUCGUGUCGGCGAAUGCUCCACAACUGGUGUAACAAAGCCCAUGGUAUGUACUAACGAAAAGAGUACACCAUGCAGAUGUGGCAGUGGGUUUCUAUUCUAAUUGUCUUUGUGGUAGUGGACCAUGUGUCCGAUGCCAGGUAACCAUAAUUAAAAUGUGUUGAGUAUCGUUAAAUAAAACAUUUCUUCUUUUUUUCUGUGAUUAUCAAUCUUUAAUUUCAGGCCAAUUGUGUCUGGUUUUUUUUUUUUUUUUUUUUUUUUUUUUUACAGAAUGUUUAGUAGUAAUGUAUCCGAAUUAAAUUAAAUUAUAUAUUCUAAUCACAAACAGCCCCUACAUGUAUAUAUAACACACUCAUCAGGGUAUAUAUAAUGUAUAUAUACCCUGUCAAGUGUGUGUUAUAUAGGGGCUGUUCAGACAAUUAUGUAAUGCUUACAGGGGUAAUAGUGUUAUGGUAUGUUAUUGUGGAGGGAGGUGUUUAUCCAAAGUAAUGUUUCAUUUUCAAAACAGCUGUCUCAUUUUUAUUUAAUAUAUGAAGUAAAAUGCAGCCAGACAUUGCCGUUUUGUUCUUUAAUGGAUCAUGUUUUAAUCUAGCAUUUAUUACCAGACCAAACAAACAAAUAGAAUAUUGACCAAAUUGUGAUUGGGAAAUGUGGGGGUGGGUUAUUGAUGAGCAUUAAGUAAUUUUAGAAGGAGGAGUGGCCUUGGUGUGCCAAAUAUGCCAAAUUUUAUGUUACAUAAUUGUGUUGCAUGUCCAGUGUUCAGUAUGUUUUGACAGUAUUAGAUCAGAAGUUCCCAACUUUUUUUUAGGCGAAUUCUGUUUAACAAAUAUACUCAUGGUAUACCCCCAUCUCUAUCACCAAUGCGGUUAAACACGUCCAUGGAAAAAUGUCAAUACAAAACAUAUGAAUCUAUUUCUACUGCCUUGUGGCACAGCUAGCCAUAAGAAUAAACUCGCACAAAUGGAAAGGCAACCAUAACGUGGAUUUCCCACCUGAAAUGCCCAAAACGUCCUUUGUUGGAAGCUCUGUAUUGGGUGUUUAUCAGUAUUUUGACAGUAUCAUCUUCACUAAACUCCUUAAGUGUUUGAGUAACCACAAACAGUUUGGUAAUACAGUGAAACCCCUCUGAACUGGACACCUUUGGAGCCAAGACAUAUGUCUGGUUUUAAGAGGGAUCCGCUAUACAGAGGUUGAGUUCUGUACUGGUUUUUAAAGAGGGACUCUGUAAAACGUCUGGUUUUGAGGAAAUUCCGGUUUACAGAGUUUUCACUGUUUUUUUUAAUUUCACCUGAUUGCCAACAAAUGUAUGAUGGAUUAAUAGUUAAAUUUGUGUCUGUAUUUAGUUUCAUGUUAUUAGUGACAGUAAGUGUAAGAGUGGGAUUUUGUCCGACUGUAUACAUUGUAUAGACAUUUUAUGAAUAAUGGUGAAGUACAUGUAUGACUAUGUACAUUAAAAUUUUGUGUUAUAUUUAUUAUUUCUUAUUGCAGUAAAAGUUACUGUAACCAAGAAUUGUGAACAUUUACUAUUACUUAUUAAAACAUUAGGUCUAACUAUGAA